AUGAUAGCCGUGUUUGAAUAUGUGAAGAGAUGGAGAUGCAAGGGAGGUACGGUGCAGGGGCUGAAGCCCUCUUUCUGUCCCAGCGACAGCAGCGGGAAAUGUUUUCGAAGCUGGGCCCUCCAACCUUCCUUCUCUCUUUCAGGCGAGUGGCAAUGGCUGAGCGAAGGCCCCUCACUCCUCCCUCCUCGGCCGGAUGCAGUGAACUUUUACUCUCUCACCCGGCGCUUAAGCGCCCGCCUUCACCCUGCCGCCCGCGCCUCCUGGGCCCAGAAAGCGCUUCCCACGGGUCCCUCCCACCGCAGCCACCUGAAGCUGCUGCAGUGGCCUGGCCAGCCUCACUCGGCGCUCUCCAUCCCUGGUGAGCAGCCGACCCAGCGCUACCACUUCAUGCUGCCUUCCUUCUUCCACCUCCUGCAGAGCCUCCACCGGGAGGGGAGGCAUUUUGCAGUCAUCUUCCGCACUUUUGGCAUAGACCUGCCUCGCGUCCUGCGGGCGAUGCUCUGCGCCCUGGAGGGGCAGCACCCCCACUUCCCUGCACUGCGGGACGUCCUGCUGCCUGUAGACCUCAACCCAGGGAAAAUACGUUGCAGCAAACAGAAGGUGACGUUGACUCAAGGGGCAGAGCGGCUCUCCACGGAAGCGGGCGACAGGGAAACGUACACGUACUUCAGCUCCAAGGAAGGCCUGUGUGGCUUCCGGGACCACUUUGACUGGUGGGCCAGGAAUCAGUUCUCCAGUCAAGGCGGGAAGCCCUUUUGGAUCGAUCCUCACGACGCCAACGUCCACCACAUCUGUAUCGAUGACAACAUUCGGCUAAACGAUUCGGACACCAUCGUCCAACCUCGGAUAUUCUCUGGGCCAGGAGACAACAGAACCCAGACGAUCCCCACGGCGGAGCUGUAUGACGUUUGCCUGGUGCAGACAGACCUCCUGGAGGCAAUUGCUGAUGUGAACUACUUCUGCCGCUGCGUCAGAAGGUGCGAGGAGAACUACGAACUCUACUUGGCCAGCGCUGUGGGCCGCACGUAGCUGUGGGGUCGGUUUGGGGGGGGGAGGGGACUCUCUCCAGAGGAGCCCUCUGUCCUCGGUGGAGCACGAUGCAGAGCUUGCAAGUGAGGAAAAGGGCCUCCUUGGUUUCAUGCUGCCAAGUGUUCGUGUUCCCUGCCGAACCGCUGUCUGCACACUUCCCAGUGGAGUCCGUGCCCUUCCUUUAACCUCCCUGCUUGUACUUGCAGUAGGAAAUUCCAGAUGCUCCAACAAGAGGCAACAAUCCCGGAAAGCGCUGAGCGGCUUAUUCUUUGGUACUGUCUAAACCAGGA